CGGACGUGACCCCACUGUCGUCUUUCACACCAGUACACUGACUGAUUUUUACACCAUUUGAAUUUAGUUUUUGUAAUUUUGACAGCUUCUCGGAAGAAAUGGCGACCAGUGAGGACGUGCGGGAAAAUGUGAAGGUACUCUAGUCCUGAGUGUCGCCCAGACACUGCUCAGCUUUCUGUUCAUUCACAGUUUAUGGACAUUUUUUUUUAUUUUGUCCACAGUUAUUCGAGCAUUGCAGAAUAGUUGCUCGGGCGUGAUUAAUUUAUAACCAGUGGAAUUUCUUUUGAUUUUAAUACGUUUCUUUUCAGGUUAUUUUAUGUAUUCUGCAAAAGAAAGGUUUGCGGUGUCCACUUUGCUGUACGUUGUCUUAAUAAACGUGCAUGAGGACAGCUGUUAAUGUGGCUGUGCAGAAAUACUACGGCAAGCGGCUGGAGUCCUCGGGUGAUCUGCAGACAGGUGCCGCCUCCUGCGGAUCGUCCUGCAGACCAGCGCCCAGAAGUGUUACCGAAGCUCUGAGUGAGGUUCACCCCGAGGUGACCAAAAGGUUCUUCGGCUGUGGUCUUCCAUUUCCAGCAAAGCUCGAGGGCUGCAGAGUCCUGGAUCUCGGCAGUGGCUCCGGCAGAGACUGCUAUGCUUUUAGUAAACUGGUUGGGCCGAAUGGACACGUGACUGGGAUCGACAUGACACAGGAGCUGAUCACAGCAGCUCGUCAGUAUGUUCAGUAUCAUCAAGAUAAGUUUGGCUAUAAGGAGCCCAACGUCACAUUUGUCCAGGGCUACAUGGAGAACCUCAACGAAGCUGGCAUUGGCAUAGAGCACUCUUUAUCCAACUGUGUGAUCUGUCUAUGUGCUGAUAAAAGAGCGGUGCUGCAGCAAGCCUACAACGUCUUGAAGGAGGGAGGUGAGCUUUACUUCAGUGAUAUGUUUGCCAGUAAGAUCAUCCCUGAUCACAUGAAGCAAGACGCAGUCCUGUGGGGUGAGGGGAUGGGCGGCUCUCUGUUUUGGCCCGAUCUAAUCUCAUUGGCCCACAGCAUGGGUUUCAGCUCUCCACACCUCAUCUCAGCGAGCCACAUUGUGGUCUACAACAGUGAGCUCAAAGCAAAAGCAGGCGACAUCAGUUAUGCUUCAGGCACUUACAGGCUCUUUAAGCUGCCCAGAAGUCCAGCGAUGUCAAACGCUACUGUGACCUAUAAAGGGACGUUGGCAGAAUUCCCAGAUCAGCUGGACUUUGAUUCCUCCCACUGCUUCAAGAAAGACGUAGCAGUGCAGGUAAACGGAGAGAUGGCAGCAGUCCUCCAGAGUUCCCGUUUCUCCUCAGACUUUAAAAUCCAGAUGUUGGAUAAACAGGAGUCCAAGUCUGAGACAACGCCAGAGUAUUGCCACCUCAACCCAUUUCUGCUGGCUGACAAACUGGGAUCCUCCGUGAAGCAGUGCUCUAAAACAAGCAAAUGAAGAGGCAAGUGACUGAUCUGAAGGCUUAACAGAAAUGUUAUUUUUGAAUUUUGGCUUUAUGAAGACAUAAUUUUACUAACUAAUGGGGAAUCUUGUAGAUAAUCUCACAGAUCGUGGCCAGUGACGUGUCUCCAUAUUUCAUAUUUAGACAUAAAAUGUAUUUUUGUAGAAAACAAGUAUGUUUCUCUGUAACACUAUCAACUCAGAGUUUGAGCUUCUUUAUGCUGAUGUCAUAAUUACCAUGUGAACAACAACAUUUACAGAAGUGGAAAUAAAAAUACUUAAUGACAUAAUAACCAGUGUUUAAUAUUUGACAUGGAAUUUUACAACAGCAUAAUAAAACGACUGCAUUAUAGGGGAUUUAAACAGCAACAUUCAGGUACUGAAGUGGAUGCAUGACGAGCAGCUGCUGACAGUGUUAAAUACGAAAUGACGUAAACAUUCAGGGCUGUUGAAACAGAAAAGUGUCGCACAUGUUUAACAUCUUUACCACCAUAAAGGAGUUGUUUAUUUUAAGGAACUAAAACAUGUUUAAAGAUGCCGCACACUUUCUCAUAUCAUAAGGAAUACAUGAGCUACAACUCUGUUGUAUAAUGUAUUAAGGCACUACAGUACACAUAAAGAAAAGAGGUCAAAAACAAACUUUUUAUCUUAUUUAUCUUUCAUGGGCAGUAUUUUAAAGUGUUUUGUAAAUGUAAAUGUUGUAUUCUCAUGUGAAGUGUAGUGACGUGUGUGUUUAAGAAGUUUUGAGUGUAUAGUAUGAAAUGAAAGACAUUUAAGUAACUGAGAAAUUUGAUAAAGUCUUAACAUUUUCAGCUCAUAAAAACAUCUAAAUGCACUCAGUGGCCACUUUGUUAGGUACACCUGCUCAACUGUACAAAUAUUGAAUCAUCCAAUCACAUCACAGCAGCUGGUUAUCUCUUGAUGUUCAAACUUAGUGUCUGAAUGUGAAAGAAAGCUGCUUUAAGUGACUUUGAAUGUGAUGAGAUUGUUGGUGCCAAACUGGCUGGUCUGAGUAUUUCAGAAGCUGCUGAUCUGCUGGGAUUUUCCCACAUAGAAAUCUCGAGGGUUUACAGAGAACGGUCUAAAAAAAGAGAACAUAUCCAGUGAGUACUCAGCGUAAAAAUGCCUCGUUCAUGUUGGAAGAGAAUGACCAGACAGCUUCAAUCUGAAGCUGAAGGUAACAGUAACAAAUAACCAUUGGUUACAAUCAAGAUAUCUAGAAAAGCAUCUCUGGGAGCACAGUAUCUCAAACCCUGAUGCAGAUGGGCUACAGCAGCAGAGGACCACACUGGGUGGCACUCCUGUCAGCUGAGAAAAGGAAACUGAAGCUUCAGUUUACACGGCUCAUCAAAAAUGGACAAGAGAAUGUAAAAUGUUGCCUGGUCUGAUGAUUUCUGUUGCGAGGUUUAGAUGGGUCAGAAUUUAGCGUAAACAACAUGAAAGCGCAGAUCCCUCAUGUCUUGUCCCAGGGAUUCAGGCUGCUGGUGGAGUAGAUGUGUGGGGGAUUUUUCUUGUCACAAUUUAAUGUUGCCUGCUAACCUUAACUACAGACUGUACCUUCCUAAGACAUCACACCUUUAGUAAAGCAACCAGAAAAACAUAAAAAUAAACUAAUUAAAGAGAUCAGUGUGCACAAAGAGAGAAUUCAAUAAAGCUGUGACUGCUACUAUAGUAACAGGGCUCUUUAAUAAGAGCAGAUAAGAGAGGCUGGCUGGUUUCCAGGCAGCCUGAGGCAGAAAGUGGAUUAAUUGAUGUCAUGUCAGACAGAAGGAGAGAAAACCAAAGCAAGAGAUGACAUCACUCAUCGCUGAGAGGCGUAAAUCCUGGUUAUAUCUGCAGCCAGCUCAGGUCUUCAGCUCUGAACAGAAGAGAAGAGGAGAAAACAAAAAUUAAACACUGAGCAGCUUUCACGUUAUAAGCUAGUGGCUUGGUUUAUUAUUUUUAAAACAUGAACUAAGGUUGGUUUUGGUAGCAUACAGUAGUGGUUAAAACUGCUAUAAAUAACAGUUGUCAUCAAAUUUUACUUUAAGUAUUUUUCAUGUUUUAGAUUGCAGGUUGUUUUAGCAUAAACACUCCAAUAAUACACUUCUCACUUCCUGCAUAAUACCAUGUGGCAGACAGAUGCCAUAAGCAGCUAACCUAUAAAUCAUACUGAAGAAUUUAGCAUCUGAAGGACCAGAUGUUCCUCUGAGAAUUUAGUGGAAAGCAAACAGAGGCACCAGUGGAUUUCAACAUGACACAUAAAUGACAGACAAUGUCGUCCCGUAUGUCCUGCAUAGGGUUUGUCUUUAGUCUGUAAAGAAAAGGAUAUAACUUCCAAGGCUAAAAAGUGACGCCAAUGCAGAAGCUGCAGUUUUUCUAGUGACCAGCAGGGGGCAAUGCAUAUGGCUUCUGAUCAUACAGAAGUCAAUGUCACUCCCAUCAGUUAGAUGGGAGAUUAGAUGCUCGAACAUUUAAUUUUAAGUAACUGGAAAGCAGCAUGGUUCAAUUCAAUUUUA